UCAGAAUCCUUGAGGACUUCCUUCUUCUAUGAUCUUACUCCGAUGGGCAUUUUCUCGAGGUGUCAAAUUGCUCUUGAACUGACUACAUCACUGUCGUGGAAACGCAAGCAAGAAAUCAAGAAAUCUGUUACUGCAAAUGAUGGCAUCGUCUCUUACAUUAUUACGAAACAGACCAGAUUCGUGGUUGUGACUGACGUCGAGAAGACGAAGAGCUUUCCUUCAUACAAAUGUCGAACUGCAGCGAAAUAUGGCGUGCCGGUCGUCUCUCUGGCAUUUUUAGAAGAAUGCUGCAAGGCCGAGAAACUGCUAGACUCCGAUCCGUUUGUUGUGUUUGGAAAGACGGCGUCACAAGAAUUCAGUUCGGGAAAAAUUAUUGUGCCUAGACAAGGAGCAAAGAAGGAGAGACGGAUGCGACCUGCUGUCAUGAUCAAUAUGAAUAAAGUCGAAGUGUGGAAGUUUGGCGAUUCUUCUUGUCCUGUGUUUGAUGAAGAUGCUUACGAAGUUGCAAAGAGUUCAACUUUGAAAUCUGUAAACUCCAAGACUGGUCAGACUCGAUUCUACGUUGUUGAGCUUCAUGUGUCACCUUCUGCAUGUCAGACACAGAUAUCAGCAGACAGUCCAUAUAGAGUGUUUACCCAUUCUGGGACAUUAGGCACCAGCAGUGAUACGGAUGAAACCGGACAGAUGGAAUGUCGAUUCUUUACUAAAGUAGCAGAAGCAGAAUAUGUGUACGGUCAUUUGUAUCAGCAGCACACAAAAUCGCCUCACAACAUGAGCAAAGUUCAAUUUUUAUCACCUCGAAUUGGAUCAGUCAAGCUAAGAAAGAUUUUUGCUGAGCUGAGAUUAUCAACUGGUGUGCAGUCUAUACAGCCUCGAGUAGCGAGAUUAGUCAACUGCAUUUGGUCUGAGGCAAGCGGUGAACUAUCAUCAAUAUUGAGUGUUCCAGUUGAGUCCAUUAAAUCUGAUGAUGCUCGAAAAGCGGAAGGCUUUCUUUUGUCAAUCCGGAAAGUUUUAAGUGAUGGAACAAUGGGCAGUGGAGACAGAAGCAAAGAACUGCAGAGGCUAACCAGAGAAUUCUAUUCUCUUGUUCCUCACUCUGACCAAUCAGAUAUAAUUGAUACAAAGUUAAAGUUGGCUAGAAAACAAGAUCUGUGCCAGUUGAUAAAGGAUGUCGUCUCUGUAAGUGAAGCAACUGAUUGGUCAACAAGAAGCAGCGUGCAAGCCAAACUGCGAGCUUUACGGUGUGAAAUUCAACACGUAGAGCAAGGCAGUCAGGAAUACUGCCAGAUACAGAAUCAUGUCCUGAGCCAUGAGAAAUUACGUUGUGGAUUGAAUGUAUCCUCGAUUUAUGCUAUUCAUCGGGCAUCAGAAGAUUCUAAUUUUGCUAGCCAUUUGGACAAUCGACAGCUCUUGUUUCAUGCUUCACAGGUUGCCAACUUUGUGGGGAUUCUGUCAAGAGGACUGUUGCUGCCUAAGAUAGUGGUGGAUGAUUAUGGUGGUAAGAGAACUGACCCGGGAAUGUUGGGCAGUGGAAUCUACUUUGCGAGUGCAUCCAGUACUAGUGCUAAGUAUUCAUUUCCUGGUAAGUCUUGUGGCACUCGAUUCAUGCUCAUUGCAGAAGUAGCACUGGGACAUGUCAGCUCAACAUAUCAUAAGAGUACAGAGUUGGUUGCACCACCUGAUGGGUUUGACAGUGUUCAUGGCAUGGCCAUUUCAAACUCCAGUUCCGAUUUAGAGUUUUCAGACUUUAAGGAUGACGAAUUUGUUGUUUAUGAUGUCAGGCAACAGAGACUGAGGUACUUGGUUGAAUUCAACUUAUCUUGUGAUGAUAUCAAAACAGAUUCAAGUGAGGAUGCUGGUGAUUGUUCGUCUGAGACUGAGGACAUAGAGAUGCUGGAUGUCCAUCUUGAGGCGAAUGAAAGUAGCAUUACUGAGAUCGACUUGCAUGAUGUUCAGAAUGUUACUGACCCACUCAGUAAAGUCAAAGCCGGUCUACUUGGCAGUGGAGAUGCUGCCGUACCUCUUCAGUCUGUUCACGUUCGGGCCAAACUUCUCGACUUAGCCACCCAAGUGGUUGUUCUGCAAGCGUAUCAUAAUGAGAGCACGGUUCCUAUCGAAGCCAAGUAUGUAUUUCCACUGGACGACAUGGCUGCCGUUUGUGGCUUUGAGGCAUUCAUCAACGGGAAACACAUAAUCGGAGAAGUGAAAGAGAAGGAACAGGCACACAAAGAAUACAAAGAGGCAAUCAGUCAAGGACACGGUGCUUACCUAAUGGACGAGGAAACACCCGAUGUGUUCACUGUGAGUGUUGGAAAUUUGCCACCAGAUGCGAACGUUCUAAUUAAAAUUACUUAUGUGGCCGAGUUGUCUGUGGAAGGAGAGCACAUUGUGUUUCGACUACCCGGUAGCGUCGCACCGUGGAAGAAAACGGCAGCUCUCGGUGAAGUGACACAGACUGAUGUAGACACAGUUAAAGUUGAGCAAGAUACGUCAAGGUUUUCAGUGCAGAUUUCAAUAGAGAUGCCAUUCGAGAUCAAAUCAAUUCAGUCUCCUAGUCACAAACUAAAGACAAAGAGGACAGCAACGAUGGCGAUGGUGGAAUUGCAAGAUGGUCAGCAGUUAGACGAUGGUUUACAGUUGCUUGUUGGUCUUGCUGAAAUUCACGUUCCACGCAUGUGGGUUGAAAAGUAUCCCAGUUCUGAGCACAGAGCUUGCAUGCUGACGUUCUAUCCCGAGUUUGAGGCUGACUUUGACAGUGAUUAUGAAGUGAUUUUUGUUUUGGAUCAGUCCAAUUCAAUGAAGGGGUCGGCUAUUGAGGAUGCUCGAAAGCUGGUGAUGCUUGCAUUGCAUCACCUUCCAAAUCACUGUCGAUUCAAUAUCGUUGGAUUUGGAUCCGCUCACGAGGAGCUCUUUCCUGUAACACAACACAAGAACAAAGAAACAACGACUGCAGCACAUGAAUACAUCAGGUCAUCUAAAGCUACACUUGGCAGUACCGACUUUUGGAGACCUCUGAGGUCAUUCAUGUUGACAGCACCUUCAGACAGCAAUGACAGAGCUACUCUGCCUCGAAAUGUUUUUGUCUUUUCGGAUGGUCAUAUUAGUGAAGAAGAGGCGACGCUGGAAUGUAUCAGAAAGAGCUGUCAUCUUACAAGAGUCUUUACUUUUGGAGUUGGUUCAACGGCUAAUCGUCACUUUUUACGCUCAAUGGCACAUGUGGGAGGUGGUUGUUCAGUUUUCUUUGACUCGAAGGCGAAAAGCAAAUGGGAAAGAAAGGUAAAGUCACAGCUGGAAAAAGCAGGACAGCCGGUCUUGACUUCUGUUGAAGUUGACUGGCAACAGUUUGAUGACAACAAGACAUCGAAACCUGUUCAGGCACCUGCAGAGAUUAUUUCGCUGUUCAGUGGAUCGAGACAAGUGAUCUACGGAUUUGUUGACAACUGCACGAUGGCUACGUUGACGGCUCAUAUCGGUGGGAAGGAAGUAUCUACAGUGGUAUCCACUUCUGACUUGAGUGUGACAACUGGGAAAAUUUUGCAUCAGUUGACUGCAAGAGCGAUAAUCAGGGACUGGGAUGAAGGCACUCUGGCUGCCGACAGGCUUGAACACGAAAUUGUGAAACAUGACCGGAAGGCGUACAUUAUCAACUUGAGUAAAGAAUAUUCCAUUGUCACACAGUUUACUAGCUUCGUUGCUGUUGAACACCGAGAUGAGUCUGAACAACUUCACAGGUCGAGUGGUCCAUCUAUCGAAGAGCUUGUUGCUAAAGAGGAUGUUGAUAUUUUGCCGUAUAUCGGGUGGACUGAUUAUGAAAAAGAGAAAGGAAAAGAACGUGCAUUAGAACUGAGUGCCGAAGAAACGAUUGCGCUUGCUCUGGAACAAGGGACAUCUAGUCAAGACUUCUCUGUCUUGCAGGCAGAACGUGCAUUUCGAGAUGCACAUGAAGUUGCUCAGAAACACUUGGUACCCAACCAUCCUUUGCGUUUGAAGGCAUCUCUUGCUUUUGCAUCCUUUUUGCAGGGUGUGAAGAUGGAAAUGGAAGAAGCCUGUCGGUUGGCACAGGAAGCAUUCGAUGAUGCUAUCUGUGAGUUGGACACAUUGAGUGAGGAAAGCUAUAAAGAUAGCACACUCGUCAUGCAAGAGCUGCGAGACAAGCUGAGCGUAUGGAAAGGAGAUAAGGAGGUUGAUGAAAUCGAACAGGCAAUGUCAAUGUAUUGCAAUAUUGAAGACGAUCUUUAUACACUAUCGCUGUAUGAAGAAGACGUUGAGUCGUAUAGUUCGGCUUUUGCUAUGCCUUUUGGAUCUUGUCCAUCACCUGUAGCACCACCACCACCACCACUACCUCCAUCUUCUGGAGUUGAGUCAACGUAUGACACAUUUUAUUCUGUUGAUUAUGAAGGCGCAGAACCUGUAGUCAUCGAUACGGGAAUGGACACUGUGAAGGCUGGUGUGGCUGGAGACAACGGACCAGGUGCAGUCUUUCCUACUUUAGUUGGGAGACCCAGACAUCAGGGUGUGAUGGUGGGAAUGGGCCAGAAGGACAGUUAUGUUGGCGACGAGGCGGUCUCUAAACGAGGGAUACUCACGAUGCGUAGCCCGUUUGAUCUGCCUCCUAGAAAAGAAAAACUGAGAGAAGAAGUUGUUCGUGACUCUUCUGUAGCAGCUCCUUCAAGAAAAGCCGUCAAGAAGAAAUUGUCGUUGACCAGAGUUGUAGAAAGGGUUGCAAGUAGUGAUUCAGUGUCUACAUCAGGGCCAGAAAGUCUUAAGUUGCUUCCCAUUAGGAAAAGAGACCAGCUCCCACCAUCUGCAGCCCGUGGUAUGAAAACCGAUGAGAAGAUAAAAAGUCGUGCUGAUGUAGCUGAUGAAGACAGCCGGCCAGGGCUAGUGAAACACCUAGCUGAAACGCAACAAUAUCAACCACCACCACCACCAGGAGGCGUACCACCACUACCACCACAAUCAGGAGGCGUACCAUCACGACCACCACCAUCGGGAGGCGCACCACCACCACUACAUUUAGUAGGCGCACCACCACCACGGGCGCGACAACUUCGAGCUCCACGUCAAAAGAGAGAACUUUCUCUAUCGUCAAGUGAAACACCAAUUGCAUCACUACCAGUACAAGCACAAUCACUAAUGUCAGUGCGAUCUGCUGCAGCAAUACCAGUACGAUCACAACAACUGCUACAUCGAUAUAUAGCAGCAACACCAGUAUCACCACGAUCAACAGCAGCACCAGUACCACCACCACCACCACCAGCACCACCACCACCAGCACCACAACGACCACCAGCAGCACCAGUACCAGCAGCAGCAGCACCACCACCACGAGCAGCAGCACAACAACAACAACAACGAGUAUCAGCUCUAGGAAAACCAACAUCACCACUACGAACAGCAUUAUUCCUAAAAUCAUCAGGAGUUGUUGAAUUGUCAGGUGUAUCACGUUCGGUGCCAGCUCGAUCUCAACUAUUGGAUUCAAUAUCAGCUGGUGUAAAGCUACAACAUAGUGUCUCACCAUCACGAGGUGAGUAUGUACAAGAGCAGACAAUACGACAGACUUCUAGAGCAGCAUACGCUAAUUUAUCAUCGGUAGACACUGCUGUUGCCUCAUCGAGAAUGAAAGGAUUGGCAAGCAGGAAAGAACGAUCAUCGUUCGAUCGUUUGGAUUCUGAGCAUGAGCUGCCGUCUGUGGAGUGUAUGAUCAUCCGCGGCCGUUCCAUGGUAGAGGCAGAAGAGGAGGCGACUGGUUGUGAGAUUGAAAGAUAUCUAAAUAUGGCGCCACCGGCGGAAGGAAGAGGAAGAAAGUUCAACGGUCUGGAAUCUGCGCGUGCGCAAUUGUCUGUUGCUAAGUCCUGGAAGGUCCGCGGCAUGGACAUCGUCGACUUCAGUGACGACGACGACGACAGCAGUGACGACGACGACGAUAGCUGGAGUGAAAGUCUUGAUGAAUCAGAAAAAAGUCUAGACGCCAUACCUCACUCGGACCAACCAAGUACAGACAUUCGACGUCCAACUGCUCGUGGAAACCCGGAUGACAUACCGAAAUUCUUCAGUGUUCAAAAGCCGGAGGGGUAUUGGGAAUUUACUGAGCAUCUCGGUACUCUGUUGAGCCUAGAUUUGGACAAUUUGCGCGAAAAGAUCGAGUCGGCUGGUCUGAAGUCUCUAGGAUCUACCAUCUACAGCAAAGCGAUGCACCUCCUUGCAACCGCCCUGGUUAUCGUCUAUCUACGCCACCACUUCCCUCACCAGUUCCCAUUGCUGCCGGGACUGCUCAAGUGUUGUGGCGAUAUCGACAUAAGGUGGCGACAGAAUAUGACAAAAGCACUGCGUUGGUUUCAGGAAACUGAGAAAGCCAUCCCGUCACUCUGUACUCGUUUGGAAAUCGCAAAGUCGUACGAGAAUUUCGCAGAGAUGGCAUUGGGAAUUCGAGAGAAAGUGCAAUAGUGUUUUUUCUUAACUAUAUAACUAGACAAUGGUUUGCUGGAAUUAUACACUAUGCUUGCUUUUUCGUUUUUAGCUAGUUAGUCGGUGGUGUGUGUGUGCGUGCGUGCGUGCGAGCGUGUGCGUGCGAGCGUGUGUGCGUGAGUGUAUGUUUACACUCCGGUGGAGCAUGCAUCCUUCUGUAGAAAAGGUUUCAGACAAGCAGAUUGGAGUCCGACUUACAAAUCAG